AUGGUUGUAGUUUCGGCCAUGGCAAUUAGUGACAUGUUCCUACGAAGUGGUGUGCUCUUACAAAGCAAGGCACGGUCGUGUGCAGAACACAUAAAGAACGGCUUCUUUUUACCGUCCAUCUGCAAUGAAGAACAUUUUAAGUCCAAUCUUACCCAACCAACAACAAUGAGUGGAUCAGAAGUGACCCGUCUUCUCAGGUUUUUAGAACCUAAAACCAGCACAAAACUUAAGUUUGACCCGCCAGGUAACAUUAGCCCUGAAGAUUACUUAAACUUGACUGGUCUCACCAAGGAUCAGUUCGAUGACCUCACAUCCUUCGCAACAGCUGAAGAUUUACGUCAUUCUAGGGUACGAAGAACGUUAACAUCAGCCAGAAAUGCUCUAUUGAAAAACUUCGUUCCGCUGCAUGUCGGUUUUGGCCAUAUCACACGAGAUGAAGUAAUUCAUAGACACACACGGACGCUUGCCAAGGAACUGUUUGCACAUGGGUUGGACGUGGCCAUUCUUGCGCUAGAUGGCACCUACUUAUAUGUGCAGAAGAGUGGCAAUUACACAUUCCUGCGAAGGUCUUUCUGUGUCCACAAACACCGCCAUCUGAUAAAACCGAUGAUAGUGGUUACCACUACUGGAUACAUUGUCAGUGUACUGGGGCCGUACGUGGGUAAAAAUAACGACGCCAGUAUACUCAACCACAUCGUUAAUGAGAAUGUCGAAAAAUUUCGACAUUGGAUACAAGAAGACGAUAUUGCUGUUGUAGACAGGGGAUUUAGGGACGCAGUUCAACAUUUGAAGGACGUCGGUGUCAAGACAGAAAUGCCCUCGUUCCUUGGACCCAAAGAAAAACAAUUCCAGACAAACAGCGCUAAUCACAGUCGAUUAGUCACAAAGAUUAGAUGGGUAGUAGAAUCGGCAAACGGAUAUGUUUGGAAAUAUCUUGAUCGCGUGAUACCCAAUUCUAAGAUCCCGUAUGCCGGAGAUUACACACGCAUUGUUGCGGCGAUCUGCAACAAGUACAGAUCCCCACUGAUAGCAGGUAAUGAUGAAGAUGACCUAUUGACAGCCGCGCGUCUGAUAUCAAUGAGCCGCCGUGAGAACCUCUUGCAAGCAAUGGUCGAAGAAGAAGGACUUGACCAUCUGACUAAGUCCUCCGGUUGGGCACUAUUGUCUGAACCUGGUGUGGUGCCGGACUUUCCAAAGCUGGACGAGUCCGACCUUAGGACUUUGACUGUUGGUGUUUACCAACUUAAGCUUGCGCCAUCCUACGUACAAGAGCACCUUGAUGAACAUGGCAACUUCGAUAUCUUUGUCCGCGAGCAAUCGCCUGGCCUUCUUUGUAUUAAAAUACAGAGCAGGCAUAUGUCAGCUAUCAGAUACAAAUGCUGGGUUGGGUAUAACGAGGGCGCCAUUAAUGGGUGGUACUGUAAAUGUAAGUCGGGGGCCAGGGUUGUUGGCAUGUGCGCCCACAUAACAGCGGUUGUAUGGCACUUGUCAUACCAGCGUCACGAUGUCAUGGCACGCGGUGUCAGGAACUGGACCGACGCUCUAAUUGACACCGCUGAGCCUUAA